AUGUCUAUUUCAGAAGCCACCACGACGGAGCUCCAAUCAUCCCUCCGCGAACUCUCCCUCAGUAACAAUAGUCCCGUGAAGGACAUCGCCCGCCCGGCGGUGAAAACUGCAACGGCCAAGGCAGCAACUGCCAAGAAGAAGGCCCCUGUUGUUGCCGAUUCAUGGGAAGACGAGGCGGACGAGUCGGAACCGGACAUUAACUCCCCAGGAUGUGCUAGCUCUUCGCUGUCGCCAUCCGUCACCACCGCAGAGGGCCCCUUAGACCCCCCGCCCACUCCGAUUUCUCCCCAGACUUCCCAGACAUGGAGCUCUGUGCCGGUGUAUCCUGAUGUUGGCAGUGCGUCGUCUCGGACAUCGAAUUCCAGGUCCCCGUCCCGGAGGCCGGAGAAGCAGACUGCUGUUGCGGGGAGGAUGAUUGCAGGUGCUUUGGGGCUUCGGGCCCCGAAGCGGACUGAGGAGCAGCGUGCGUAUGAUCGUGCUGUGAAAGAGAAGGAGAUAAAGCGGCGGAAUCAGGAGCGGGAGGCGGCAGCUAAAGCUAAGGAGGAGGAGGAACGAGCAAAGGCUUCUGUUUGGGAUGAUUAG